AUGGACAUCGGUGGUUUGGAGACAGUGGUGGCAAAUUCUGCCUAUGUUUCAGCCCGUGGCAGCGUGGACGGAAAUGCAGCAUCAGCCAUGCGUGACAAGAAGAUGCGUGCCAGGCUGAAACUCCCACACCUGAGAGAUUGUGAACACAUGAAGGCAACUGUAGACACAACCUUUGACAGCAUGUGUGUCCAGCAGCCCAUUGGCAAGCGUCUGUUCCAACAGUUUCUGGAGAGCGAUGCAACCUACAAAAAUGCUGGAGAGCUAUGGAAGGACAUUGAAGACUACACCGUAUGCCAAGAGAAGGACAGAGUGCAGAAGGCCCAAAAAAUAGUCAAUAAGUACUAUGACUCAGCUUCAAAGAAUUUCUGCAGCUUCCUGGAGGAGAAGGCCAUCACUCGAGUUAAGGAAGACUUCAAGAACAUCCGUGGUGACCUGUUUAAAGAGAGCGAGUGGCAGCUGUUAAAACACCUGGAGAAGGCCAGAGAUGGCUUCAAGAACAGCAUGUACUUCUUGCGUUUUGUUCAGUUCAAAUGGCUGGAAAGCCAGCCUGUUGAUGAGGAGUGGUUCAUGGACUUCAGGGUCCUGGGUAAAGGAGGUUUUGGGGAAGUGUUUGCUUGCCAGGCUAGAGCAACAGGCAAAAUGUACGCCAACAAGAAGCUGGAGAAAAAGAGGCUGAAGAAACGUAAAGGCUACGAGGGAGCAAUCGUGGAGAAGCGCAUCCUUGCAAAAGUUCACAGUCGCUUCAUUGUGUCGCUGGCUUACGCCUUCCAGACCAAGACUGACCUCUGCCUAGUUAUGACCAUCAUGAAUGGUGGAGACCUCAGGUUUCAUAUGUACAAUGUGGAUGAAAAAUAUCCUGGUUUUGAUGAGCAGAGAGCACGUUUCUACACAGCUCAGAUCAUCUGUGGGCUGGAGCACCUUCACCAGCACAGAAUCAUCUACAGAGACCUGAAACCAAAGAACGUACUGCUGGAUGAUGCAGGACACAUCCGCUUGUCAGAUUUGGGUCUGGCUGUUGAACUUCCACCAGGAAAAGAUAAAACUUCGGGAUAUGCAGGAACUCCAGGUUUCAUGGCUCCAGAGCUGAUCCAGAAGAAGGAGUAUGACUACACGGUGGACUAUUUUACUCUGGGAGUCACCCUGUUUGAGAUGAUUGCCGCCAAAGGGCCCUUUAGAGUACGAGGAGAGAAGGUUGAGAAUGAUGAGGUAGCUCGCAGAAUCUUGAAUGAUGCAGUUUCAUAUCCACAAAGCUUCAGCAAGGAGUGCAACGAUAUUUGUGAAGGCCUAAUGGAGAAGGACCCAGCAAAACGCCUUGGGUUCAAAAACAAUGACUGCGAGGAGCUCAAAAAUCAAGACUUCUUCAAAGAUUUUAACUGGGGACGUCUGGAAGCAGGUAUGCUACCUCCUCCAUUUGUCCCUGACCCUAAGAUGGUCUAUGCCAAAGAUAUUAGCGAUGUGGGCGCCUUCAGCACAAUCAAAGGUGUCGUCCUGGAUAACAAGGACACCGAGUUCUACAAUGACUUUGCUUCUGGCAACGUCCCAAUCCCCUGGCAGGAGGAGAUGAUCGAGACAGGCGUGUUUGGAGAGAUGAAUAUCUGGGGAGAGAACGGCAAACUGCCCAACGACCUCGACCCAAACUACGUGGAAGCCAAAGGUGGAGGAUGUGUGCUCCUUUGAGUGGAAACAAAUAGAAACAGAGCAGAGGGAAGAACAUCUAUUUAGAUUUGG